CGCUUGUUCGUGGAUUAGAAUUUAAUCCGAGAGAAGAGGGGAGAGUCUGGACGAUUCAACGGGUCACGUCCAAACUGGAAGACAGAGAGAGAUAAAAAACAAAACAAAGAGGCAUUUAACUGUAGCAAAAAAUAGAUUAGAACCACAGAUGAGUGCUUUGUGUCGUAUAAGUAGUAGCUUCGGUUUUGGGAAAUUAGACUUCUCUCUAAACAUUUUGCAAGGAGAUUUUUCUUGUAACGUUAUUUCCUUGCUUCGUUGAUUCAUCACUGACUGAAAAUUGACAGCAGCUGGGCAACUAGCAAACGAAGGACAGAUACGGAAGGAAAAUACAAUUUUAGGGUUAAAGCCGGCUCCCCUUUCCCCUCCCCUUUCAGAGUUAAACUGUUAAAUGCAAUAUAGACAUCGCAUCCCAUUUUGGGUUGUCCUGUGUCUGGCAACGAAUAUUAGCCACAUUGGUAAUAGCAAAACGUAGCUAGCAGAGGUUGCUAGCUGAUUUAACUAGCUAUCGCUAGCUAGCUACACGGAGGAAUACAUUUUUCGAACCAGAGAAAAUUUCAGGAUGUCUGAAAAAAAAGAACAGAUCAAACAGUCCACCACCGAAAGGCUUGUCAAAGCUGUGCCGUACCCCCCCACGACGCGCCUGUCCAUGAAGGAGCUGUACGAGGAUGGCAAGCCCAAAGUGGAGCUACUGAAGAGCCACCUGGUGAAGGAGGGCCGUCUGGAGGAGGAGGCCGCACUGCGCAUCAUCGAGGAUGGCGCCGCCAUCCUGCGGCAGGAGAAGUGCAUGCUGGAGGUGGAGGCACCCAUCACCGUGUGCGGAGAUGUUCACGGCCAGUUCUUUGACCUGAUGAAGCUGUUUGAGGUUGGGGGCUCCCCCAACAACACGCGCUAUCUCUUCUUAGGGGACUAUGUGGACCGAGGCUACUUCAGUAUUGAGUGUGUGCUCUUUCUGUGGUGCCUGAAGAUCAACCAUCCCAACACUCUCUUCCUCCUCAGAGGCAAUCACGAGUGCCGGCAUCUCACCGAGUACUUCACCUUCAAACAGGAGUGUAAGAUUAAGUACUCGGAGCGCGUGUAUGACGCCUGCAUGGACGCUUUCGACUGCCUGCCACUGGCUGCGCUGCUCAACCAGCAGUUCCUGUGCGUGCACGGAGGCCUCUCUCCGGAGAUCACCUGCCUGGACGACGUCCGGAAGUUGGACCGGUUCAAAGAACCCCCAGCCUUCGGGCCCAUGUGUGACCUGCUGUGGUCAGACCCUGGCGAGGACUAUGGCAGCGAGAAAACUGCCGAGCACUUUAGUCACAACAGCGUCCGUGGCUGUUCUUACUUCUACAGUUACCCUGCAGUGUGUGACUUCUUGAUGAAUAACAACCUGUUGUCCAUAAUAAGAGCUCAUGAAGCCCAGGACGCCGGGUACCGAAUGUACAGAAAAAGCCAGACGACAGGCUUCCCUUCAUUAAUCACAAUCUUCUCCGCACCAAACUACUUAGAUGUGUACAACAACAAAGCUGCUGUUUUGAAAUACGAGAACAACGUCAUGAACAUCCGACAGUUCAACUGCUCCCCGCAUCCAUACUGGCUGCCCAACUUCAUGGACGUGUUCACGUGGUCACUGCCCUUCGUGGGAGAGAAAGUGACCGAGAUGCUGGUGAACGUGCUGAACAUCUGCUCCGACGACGAGCUCAUGUCGGAGGGAGACGACACCUGUGAAGGUGGAACCCCAGCUGUGCGUAAAGAGGUGAUCAGAAAUAAGAUCCGCGCCAUUGGCAAGAUGGCCCGCGUUUUCUCUGUGCUCAGAGAGGAGAAUGAGAGUGUGUUAACGCUGAAGGGACUUACCCCAACUGGCACAUUGCCAGUGGGUGUUCUUGCUGGAGGCCGCCAGACCCUAGAGAACGCCACCGUAGAAGCUGAGGAGGCACGAGCCAUCCAAGGCUUUAACCCUCAGCAAAAGAUCCAGAGCUUUGAGGAGGCCCGUGGCUUGGACCGGAUAAAUGAGAGAAUGCCGCCACGCAAGGAUGGCAAGGAGCCGGACGGCACUGCCAACUCCAUCAACGCCGCCAACUCCCCUGACAAAAACGGCACCAACGCACAAGCAUAGUGCCCACUCAUCCCAACCUGCUCUGCUCCCCCACCCCCUUGUUCAAUCUCCUCCUCCCCAUCUCUCUCCCCUCCUUCACUCCCUUGGGUGGAUUUAGCGCCCCCUGCAGGCAAACUGCCAUAGUACAGAUUUGGGGGGAGGGGGGAAUUGCACAACACCAUGACCAGACGAAAAGAAAAUUAUGGUUUUAUUUAUUUAUUGAUUGAUAUAAUAAAAAGGAUGAUUAAUAAUACUGAUAUGUAAUAAUUAAGGAUAAACAUAAAUAAAUAAAUACAUUGUAUUCUCAAAAUGUAUAUAAAUGCAGUAUAUAGAUAUAGACAUACAGACAUAUUACAAAAAAAAAAAGAAAAAUCAGGUUCGGUCAAGGUCAGCACAGCCUGAAUCAUCAACAAACACUCCAUUUUGUAACUUACUUUCAGUUGAUGCAAUCUGCAGUUAUUUCCUCUUUUUACCAGCCCCCAAACUAGUUGAGCAGAGUUUCUCCUGUGCUGUCUGUGUGCUUGGCAGGGAAGCGUGGGCACAGUGCACCUCUAGUACCUACAUGUCUGUGGCGGUCUGAGUGCGGGCGGCCACUGUGGCUUGAAAAAAAGGAAGAGAAAAAAAAGUCUCCAUUUGCACGUUACAUUUAACCAGAAGAGAAAAAAAAGAUAAUGCCAAUACUAGCUGAAGGGGAGCAGACUGAAGCAUCAGUUGACACGUAUAUUUCAUGUAUUUGUAUAUUUUUAAGCGUUCCCUCACUCGGAUGUGAUGUUUCUAUUUUCUUUUUCUGUCAUCAUUUUUGUUUUGUUUUUGUUAUUUUUUACUUUGAGUCUGAAAUGACAACUAAGUCCCCAGUUAGGUACCGAUGAGCAAACUAACUCCGCUUUUAGUCAAUAAUUAGUGUAAGCUUUUUAUAUAUACAUAUAAUGGGAAUGGUGUUUGGUCAACCACCACAGCUGUUAUAACGCAAGUCAGACUGGCCGGCUCUGUGUGUUUAGAGAUGCAUUUUAUUGUGGUACUCUGGCGAGUUGCAGCCAGAGACUGUGGAUCCUGGCACCUUCAUAGAGAUUGUGUGGAGGAAAUGAGUGCUAUUGGCACAGAAAACUCACAGGGGGGAAAUCAUUUGCCUUCAUUUGCCUGUUACUUUUUUUCUGCUCUUUUUGUGUUCGACCCCCUGUACAGCACACCAAACUAGCAGGCUGGUUGAGGUUAUUAGGAUUCAGCAGAAUAUUUCCCUCUGUCUGCAAGGCAGCCCUAAUACUGUUUAUCACAAACCUAACAGCUGUUCCACCACUUCACCACUCUCUGGGCUGAAGGUCACCUUGAGAGCCCCCCCCCCCCCCCCCCCCCCCCCCCCCCCCGAUCAUGUAAUUGUACUGUAGAGGUCGUGUGCACCCACCUUCAGAAGUGGUGCGUGUGUGGUGUUCAGGGGACCUCACCGAAGCCUGACCCCUUCAAACAGUCUGUCUGCAACCCCAGCAGUGCACAGCCAUGGCAUCCUCAGUACUCCGAGUCUAAUAAGGUCCCUCUGCCCAUCGCAACACUGACAUCCAUUUUUGUAGUUGUUCUGUUGUGACUCAUGGGACCCAUGCUAAAGAGGGAUGCAGUACCACCCAACGGGCUCUUGGGGCCCCCAGCGCAGAACUUUGUUAGGAAUGUUCUCAUCCAAAGAAAAAAAAAAUCAGUGUUUUCAUUUGUACUAUAAUGUAAAGUCUGUACCAUCAAUAGAGGAGCUAUAUUUUAAAAAAGAAGUCCGUGCUCUUGGAGGCAGGGCACUUAAAUGAGUCCUGUAGAUUUGUGUAAUCAUGAGUAAGAUAAUGCAUUUUCAGCUCUUGAAUUCAUAUUGUACUUUUUAUUUUUUUUGUGUUUUAAAGAAAAAAAAAACUAAAUAUAUAGACAAAUAUAUUCUAAAUGCGCUGCCUAGAGGCUUGUUUCCAUUCAUGUCUGCAGUCAGGUACCAAAAGUUCACCUGGAUCAUGACCCCCUUCCUUUUGUUUAUGUUUUCGUUUUCUACUUCUGAAUGUUACGUUCCUGGCUGGUCGUGUCGUCUCUGUUUCUCUGUGAAGAGGCUCUGCAGACUCCAAAGUUUUUUUUUUUCUUUUUUUUUUUCUUCUAUUUUCUUUCUUUUUUUGUUUGUUUGUUUUUUCCUCCAUGCUUAAUUUAAAAUAAUUCUGCUGUGGUGUGAAAGAUAGCUAGCGGAUGGUGGGGUAGGGGUAGGGGAGGGAGCUACUGGGUCAGGGCUUUUGUGUUUGGAUGUGUAAAGGGCAACACAGAGGCUUCUGGGAAAGCAAGUACUGUGGGGUGAUGCUUUAUUUCUGACUUCUGUUACGAUUUUGAACACAUAUCUUGCAGAAUGUACAGAAAUUGUUUAUUAAGAUUUUCUUAAUAGCUGAAAAAAUGGAAAGAACUUUUUGUCAAGUACUUGUUUUGCGAGGCCUCUAUAAAUCUGAAUUUCUGUAGAUGUAUCACUCCAUUAAAAAAAAAAACUUUAAAGAAGUACAAAAAGUCAAA